UCACGCGAGUGUCACUCGAACGAGCACCACUGGAACGUCUAGCCGAGCUCAACAUGCAAAUCAGCGUGCGCUGCAGACGGAAGCAGGAGUAAAAAGAAAAAAGGCUCAGAUCCGAGAUGCUCGGAAGUCGUCGGCGAUUGGUCGGGGAAUCGCAAAGAGCGUCCUGAACAAAGACAGGACACACUUUAGAGCAAAAAUCGGCCGGCGUAAUGCAAGGCCGGCUCUAAUCGAAGGCUUUAUUUUACGCUGCAUUUUUGCCGGUGGCCACCCUAUUUAAGCCCAGGUGCCAACCGCUCGGGCUGACAGAUCAUGUUGAGCUCCGUAUUGGUGCAGCUGGCGGUGUGCUCGGCCGCGGCCUGGGCUUCGGCAGUCCUGCCGCCCCUGCCGGUCGACUUUUACCCGGUGGUGGAUGAUGCGUACCUGGCCACUCCGGAGGUGGCCCCGGUUGUUCCUCAGGUGGCACCAGUUCCCAUCGGAUACUCCGGAGAGCAAAAGUUCAAGGGAUACGAAGACGCUGGAGCGCGCGCCACCGACGGCCAAUUUUCCUCCGGAGGCCGCCAGUCCGGUUACCUCGACGAAGAGUCGCGCAAGGGCAGCAAAGGCCGCGAGUCUCAGGAGAACUACGACCAAAGUCAGCGAUCGCAACACAAGAAUCAGCAGGACCAGGGCUACUACGGCGACCUGUCUGGAUUCCGAAGUGGCUACGAGGACGGAAGGAAUUACCAGGGCGGACAGAAAUUUGGCCAGCAGGCCAGAAAUAGCCUCGGCCUGGGCAACAGGGGCGGCCACAAAAAGGGACACACCACCACCGGGUUCACCAAUUCGUACCACAAGGACGAGACGGGGAAGAAGUCUGAGUUCUAUGACAGCUCGGACGACGAGGGCGGAAGUUAUUUGUUCAGGGGUCAGGACCAAGCGUUUGACGGACAAGGUGCCAAUGCCUACCAGGGUGGAUACAACAAUAAUAUAUACAGGAACGACAAUCGAGGCAAGCAGGGUCACUACGGCAGCGGUCUGAACCUGGCCGACAACAAAGGUCACAGGAACGAUUACGGAAGACAAGAGUAUUACGAUCAGAACAGAAAUUACGGCCACAAAGCCGGUCAGCAAGAAGCAAAGCAGCUAGGUGGCGGCUACUAUGACAGAGGCGACAGGUACUCAUCCGGAGGUGGUAGCAGCGGCCACUCGACCGGAGGCGGCACUCCCGGUUUCUAUGGAGGGGCGACGGCCUCUGGCACCCUUGGCUAUCACAGAGGUCACAGUGCAGCACCCUAUCCAUACUAUUGAACAAAAGGUUGUUUCUAGAGACGCCCAACGCGCAAAAGUGUGCCGCGCCGACUGGCCAAUGUCACGCAUUGGAAAAAUUUGCACUUGACACACACGCAGCAGUACUGAGAAAUUACGACGUGCACACCCUGUAAUUUAUACGUCCAAUCAAAUAAAUCUGGCUCGCCGCUUGUUGCGAGUGAAAAAUUUAU